AUGGCAAGCGGCAACGGCGAGAAGAGCCAUGACCUGUCCGACGCUGAGAUCAAGAAGCUAGACCGAAGGAUCGAUUUCACCCUCCUGCCCUGGCUCUCCUUCCUCUACUUGCUCUCCUUCCUGGACCGAACCGCCAUUGGAAAUGCGCGUCUCUUCGGUAUGACCCCAUCGCUCGCGCUUGGAACGGGACCCAAGUACAACAUUGCUGUGUCGGUCUUUUACUUCAGUUAUGCUUUCUUCGAGGUCCCCAGCAACAUCAUGCUCAAGAGGCUCAGCCCGCCAGUGUGGUUUGCGAUCGCAUGUGCCCUCGUCGGUAUCUGCAUGAUGAGUCAGGGUCUCGUCGAGUCCUACGGCGGUCUUCUAGCCACCAGGUUCCUCCUCGGUGUCUUCGAGGCAGCCCUCUUCCCAGGAGUCAACUAUCUCCUGAGUGGAUGGUACGUCCGCUCCAAAUUUGGUCUGCGUGCAGCCAUCUUCUUCGCCGCUGCCUCGGCUUCGGGUGCUUUCGGUGGUCUCCUGUCCACUGGUCUGGCACAAAUCCGAGGAGGCACUUACGACGGUCCCAAUGACGGCUGGCGAUGGAUCUUCAUCGUGAUUGGUCUCAUCACCAUUGUAUCUGGUAUCCUGUCCUGGUGGUUGGCACCAAAUUUCCCUGACAAGGCCAAGUGGCUCUCGGAGAGGGAGCGUGCCUUUGUCAUCUCUCGCCUUCAGGCGGGUCAACAGAACUCUGCUGCGGGUGAAGGCUUUGCCUGGAGGAACGUCUGGAAGGGUGUGCUCGACCAUAAGACAUGGCUCGCCAUGCUUGCCUACAUGGGCUGUGACGGUCCUUUGUACGCCUUCUCCGUCUUCACCCCCACGAUCAUCAAGUCCCUCGGAACGUGGACUACGGUGCAGUCCAAUUUGCUCAGUGUGCCCAUCUACAUCGUGGCAGGUAUCACCACGAUUGUGAUUGGAUUCGUGGCAGACAAGAAGGGUCACCGUGCCCUCAUCAACCUGUGCCUAUACCCAUUGGGCAUCCUGGGAUACAUUAUUCUUCUAGCCGUCGACCCAAGGAAGUCUCCAGGUGCCUGCUACUUUGCCAUCUACCUGGCCGCUAUGGGAAUCUACCCGAUGAUCCCCAACUCAGUGGCCCUGUUCGGCUCGCACAUCGAAGGUGCUUACAAGCGUUCCGUCGUGCUAGCCAUGUUCAUCGGCUUUGGUAACUUGAACGGAGCUGCCACCUCUCAAGUCUACUACUCCAAGUCUGCUCCUCGCUACUUUGUCGGACACUCGAUCCUGAUCGUCUACUUGGCCAUUGGAUGGUUGGCCACCCUCACUUACUUAUGGUCGACCAAGAGGGAGAAUGCAGCUAGGGAGAGGGGAAGCCGCAAUGAGACUAUCCUCGACCAUCUCCCUCAUGAGGAGGCCGUCGCUGAGGCGCAGAGGAUCCGAGAGGCAGAGAUUGCCGAACUCAAGUCAAAGGGCGGCCUGGGUAACAGGUGGCUGGCACUCAAGAAGUCGGUACACAGUACUCCUGGUGGAACGUAUGCUAGCGUGGAAGAGGCGAUGCGUCUCAAGGGAGAUGACUACAGUGCUCACCGCUACUCGUACUAA